UUUUAAUCUAAAUAUUUUAACGAAUUUAAUUAAUCAACAGACUAUAUUAAAAUUAAUUCGAGUUCAAAUUGGUUUACUUUUUAUAUCAAAUGUACUAAUUGACUACAAGAGUACGUUGUUUAUAAGUUUACGUCAAUUACUGCUGUGCAGAAGAAAGUUAACCAAUUUUAUGGGAACCUCUAUAAAAAGUCACACAGAAAAUAUGAUGGCUGGAUCGGCUCUUCGUCGGCUUAUGGCCGAGUACAAGCAACUCACCCUGAACCCUCCUGAAGGAAUAAUUGCUGGGCCUGUAAAUGAAGAAAAUUUCUUUGAAUGGGAAGCUUUAAUUACUGGUCCAGAGGGUACAUGCUUUGAAGGUGGCAUUUUCCCAGCUAAACUUCAAUUCCCACCAGAUUACCCACUUAGCCCCCCUAAAAUGCAGUUCAUAUGUGAAAUGUUUCAUCCUAAUAUAUAUGCUGAUGGUAGAGUCUGUAUAUCAAUCCUCCAUGCUCCUGGCGAUGAUCCUAUGGGAUAUGAAACAAGUGCAGAGAGAUGGUCUCCUGUACAAAGUGUGGAAAAAAUACUGCUCUCAGUUGUCAGUAUGUUAGCAGAACCUAAUGAUGAAAGUGGUGCAAAUGUAGAUGCAGCUAAAAUGUGGAGAGAGGAUCGAGAACAAUUCAACAGCAUAGCUGAAAGGCUAGUUCGCAAAACACUGGACCUUUCUCCUCCGUAACAUGGAGUUUAGAGAAAAUAUGUAACUUCAACCUGUUUUUACUACAUUUUUAUUAGCUGUUAAACAUAAUAAUUUUAAAAGAUGUUACUUGUACAAUACUUAUAUUUGUAUAGUACAUUUUAGUUGGCAUUAACUAGUUACAUAGAUUUAUAGUUUCAUGUUCACUUAGUAAAACAUUCCACAUUCAUAGUUAAAGGAAAAUCGGCAGGCCUUGAAAACCCUCUAAGAGGUGAAUCUGUCCAAUUUGUUAUUUUUUUGAUAUUCUAUUGGAAAAUUUUUUUUUUCAUAACAAUUUGAAAUUAUAGACUUUUGAAAAAAGACUGCCCGUCGACGCCAUUCAAAAGUCAUUGAAGUCAGUAAAGUUUAUAAAAAAACAUUUCCAUGGUUGUUCUGAUGCAGGCAUAAAAACUAGUUGGCUUGAGCUAUAACUCUGAUACCCAAAUCCAAUACCUUUUUGAAUCUUCCCAUUCAGCUUAUGCUUAGUGGAAGGACCUUUCUUUAAAAAACAUUGUCAAAUUUUUGGUCUUAAAAUCAAUCCUAGUAUAAGUGUAUGGUAUAAUUGUUAAGUCCUAAAGUUAAUCGGAAGUUGAAAUGUUUAUGCUAUGAAAUCUAUAUUUGUUAAUAUAGGCCACCAUAGACAUUGAAGUCCCCUUAUUCAUAAAAAAAACAUUGAUCCAAUUGCACCGUUUUAACUAAAUGUUUAUGCCUUUUCAAAACUAUUUUAUGAAUAUGGGGGUAAUAUUUAAGUCAUGAAUGCAUUGCAUGCGUUUAGUGUCAUAAUAAUAAUUCCUAUAAAAAUUGGUAAUAUAUUUACCACUACUUUUUAACAUAAAUUUGGUAAAUACAAUAUUUUUUCAUUAAAUUAAUUAUCUGUGUAUUUUUGUAUUAAAUAUUCACGAUUAAUUAUUAUAAUUCUGGUUAUAGGGUCUAUAUUGUGGGUGACAGUUAUGCGUUAUAAAAUAUUUUAUUAAAAAUA